AUGGCUCCUCCAAUGCUUCAACCGCAACGAACUUUGAACCGAGUCAGGGCCUCAGAAUUUAUUGGCAAAAAUCCCAACCAGGGCCCUUCAAGGUGCUCUUUGAAUCCCCGUUCAGAUACUCCUAUUUUUUUGAACCGAGUCAGCAGCAUCCCCGUCCGUCGUAGCGCGGUCAACCGAGUUACGCGACGCUUGGUCGAGCCGUUCCCCGGCUUGGUUCAUCUCGGCGAGUUUCCAGGGUGCGCCUGGUUCUGCACGUUCCACCUCAAAGACCCGUUCUCAGCUUUGACCUUGACCUCUAGUGAAGACUAUUACAGCUCGUUGUCCUCCAUUGAAGAAUUCGUCUAA